CCGCCUAGUCAAAUGGGGACAGCUAAAAAGUGGGAAAAGUCAGUGAAACUGAGCAGACUUUCGUGACAUUUUUCUUUUAUUUUUCUCGUUUUACCAUCCUGUGGCUUUUACUGGUGGCACCUGUGUAUCCACCCGAAGUCUGCCCUGCGUCAAAGUGGUCUUUAGGUGCGCUCGAAGGUGUAUCUUGUGCACUCUACUCUGCCCUGUUUCAAAAGUGACAAGGUGAACCUGAACCGUAACCUGAACCAUCACGGAUAAAAUGGAGUGUAUAUCUGGUGUGCCCCGACGAAUCAUGGGGGGACAACAGGAGUAUCUUUUACAAGGCAGCAUCAUGGAUGGUGCCUUCGAAGUGUUAGUUCACAGGUUGCGGGGUCUGUGUGACAACGCCGAUUCUCCCAUCGAGUCCUUUCAAGACUAUGAACUCGUCUUCCAAAUACGUGGGCCAACUGGUACACCAGUCACUGUACGAGCCAGACAGUCACUGGACAGUCCUCAGAUGCCUCGACAUCUGCGCUAUGUGGGUCAGCCUGAAGUCGGUGAUCGUGGAAGACACACCUUAGUGAGGAGUGUCAUCGAUGUCGGCACCUCUAACAAUCUCAUCACGUUUCUCAAUGAAAUAGGUUGCAGGUUGGAUUUUGAGUACGUGCUCAAAGGUCACCUGUUCCAGAAAGGAAGGAUGAAGGUGGUCGUGGCAAAGGUCUUCCGGCUUCUCCAGCAGGGAAAUCCAGAGAGUAUUGAGCCCUUAUCACAGUCUCACAUCAUCGAACUAAGUGUGGUUGCACCUGCAGGACAGGAAUCACUCGGUGACGAGAUGAAGAUGUUUGCGGAUCAACUCAAGCCGUUAGUGGAGCUGGAAAAAAUAGACCACACAAGGCUCCAACACGUGUGACGGAUUUUUUUUUCCAAUGAUUACUUGAAGACAACAGUGUCCAACAUGGCACCCAGGCACUGAACUAUGUUUGAGGUCAUCAGGGCAUCCACUCUCUCUUCCAAGUGCCGCUUGGGAUCCUGCAAACUAGCCACGAUAUAGCCAUCGGCAAUAAAAGAAACUCCCCUGUC